AUGUACUCUCAUUUUGUCGCAGUUCCGAUAUCGCACUGUGUUGUUUUCAUUCCAGAGGCUCUGUUGCGUUCAAUGUGUCAAACUGUUCUGGAUCUGAUCCCCAAAGAACUCGUUCCAGCGCUUAUGAGAAAACUCGGAUUUUCACCUUCUAUGAUUGACUUGCUAGACCAGGAGUAUCCAGGUGGAUAUAAUUAUGUCAAACGUUUGAAAAUUGCCUUGGAGGCCUGGUCUGGAUUCACAGUGGACGAUAGUCGAGUGUCCACUGAGCCAAGUAUGAUUGGUCGCAUGACUUCGGAUCGAUCUCGUGGUGCAGAAUCCAAUCAACCGCAGAACGAAGAGUCCGAUAAGCGCUCAAGUCCGGGAAAGACAUCGGCUAUGUCAGCGCUUACCGGGGCCAGUGAAUUCGGUCACGAUCCGGUCGUUGUACCCUCUAACGAGUCUCGACUCAGUCAGGCUGAUAUAAAAUCAUAUCACACCAGAGAAUCACAAUCGCUGCAUUCAUUCGCACUGAAUGGCACUCCGAAUUCCGGGAUCGGUUCACCGAAUGUGAUGUUUUUGCUCAAAGAGGCCGUGGUCGGACUCGAGGUUUCUCCUCAGCGUUUGAUGCAUUUAGUGAAUCUGCUUGGACUAACUGAACUCCACCAGGCACUUGUUCAACUAGCAAACAGUGCUGAAUUGCCCAGAUUCUAA